AUGGACAACAGCGGCAGGGGGAGCACCGUGAAGAUGCACGGGAGCACAAGGUUAGAUGGACACCUGACCAAGAAGGGUGGUGUCCAGUGGAAGCGGCGAUGGUUCAUCCUCGAGGACCAUGUCAUCACAUACUUCUCCAAGCAGGGCGACCUGCGUCCGAGGGGCCGCAUGGUGCUGAUCGCUGAGUCCCGGGUGACCAACCUGCCCACGCGAGUCCACGCGUUCCAGGUGAUUACCAACGCCAAAGCGCUCAUGGUCUACGCGGACACGUUGGAGGAGCGAGAAAGCUGGGUCGCGGCGUUGAACCAGCAGAUCAAGGGGCUGAAGGAGAGAGCGCUGCAACGUCGCAGCCGGAGGAAUGUCAGAGCGGUCAACGCCGCCGGCACUGACUUCGAGCUGGACUUGAAAUACGAGAUGAUCAAGCCGAUCGGACACGGGGCCUACGGAGUGGUCAUUUCCGCGCUGGACCACGAAUCCAACAACAAGGUGGCCAUCAAGAAGAUUCCCGGAGCGUUCGAUGAUCUGGUGGACGCCAAACGCAUCGUCAGGGAGAUCCGUCUCCUGCGGCACUUCAACCACGAGAACGUGAUGAAGGUCGUAGACAUUCUUCCCCCCUCAUCUCUGGAGGACUUCGAUGACGUGUACAUCAUUUCCGAGCUCAUGGAAACCGACCUUCACAGGGUGAUCUACUCGAGGCAGCGCCUGACGGACGAGCACACGCAGUACUUCCUCUACCAGAUCCUGUGCGCGCUCAAGUACAUCCACUCGGCUUCGGUGCUGCACAGAGAUCUCAAGCCGUCGAACGUGCUUCUCAACGCGAAUUGCGAUUUGAAGCUUUGCGACUUCGGGUUGUCGAGGGGAGUGCACGACGAGCACGAGACGGGGGACCUUACUGAGUACGUGGUGACCCGCUGGUAUCGUGCGCCGGAGAUCAUGCUCUCGGUGCAGAACUACAACGAGGCUAUAGACGUGUGGAGCGUGGGGUGCAUCUUCGGGGAGAUGCUGGGUCGGAAGCCGCUCUUUGCCGGGAAUGACUACAUCCACCAGCUUAAGCUCAUCACGUCACUCAUCGGGAAGCCCACCGAAUCUGACAUUUGGUUCGUCACUAACCCAAGGGCGAGGCGGUUCAUGCUUGGCCUACCGGACACGUCGCCCGUGAACCUGGGAGUCAAGUUCCCCGACGUAAACGCGGACGCGGUGGACCUGUUGUCGAAGAUGCUCAUCCUCGACCCGAAUCGGCGAAUCUCGGUCGAGCAGGCGUUGGAACACCCGUACCUCUCGUCGUUGCACGACGACGCUCUAGAACCGCUGGCGGAGAGCCACGUGGACUGGCAGUGCAUCGAAGCGGUGGAGUUGACAAAGCACAACCUGCGGCUGUUGAUCUUCGAGGACGUGCUGCACUACCACCCGGAGUGCAGGGGUCUCAUCCAGCCCACCCUCGACGCCGCCACGGCCGCUACGACCCCCGUCUCCGACGCAGGCGGCGGGCAAACCUUACCCUCCCGCCAGCACGGCACCCCGGGAGGCGGCGACAUCGGCAGCAGCAACGGCAGCAGCCGUGGACGCGCUGCUUCGCCAUCGGAAGCACCCGCCUCUCUCCCUCCGCCUCCAGCGGGCGCGGCCUCUGGCUCUGCCGCUACCGCAGCAGUCGGCGCUACCGUGCCCCCCGCCACCACGGGAGCAACAGCAACAUCGAACACAACGUCGGCGGCGCCGAACGCGAUGGCGAAAAACGCCGCCGCCGGCGGCGGGAGUCAGGACAAUAAUUCCUCCCAAGGAGAAGCUGCAUGGCCACCCAAGGUUUCUCACAUCGAAAACGGGGCAGCGGCAGGGUGGGCGGGGGGCGGCGGCGGCGGCAGCGAUCAAGACGCACCAGAGGCGACGGUGAUGCUCUCGGCGGUGUCUGUGUCUGUGGGGGAUAGCGGCGGCGAUGUGGCUGCACCUACUGCGGGGCUUGUGACUGCCCUUUGA